UGAUCUGUCACUUUGGCCCUGAAUUUUAAUCGUUUUACAUUCGUGCGAUUGGUGCUGAACUCGCGAAAUCACAACAGUUUCGCGACGAAUUGUAGCUUUUCUAUGUGCAUUCAAUCGAAGACAGUGUCGAUUACGCAGUGAGCACGAGAUUGGAUUGCCUGGCGACGCGACGCAACAAAGUAAGACUAUGACAACCAGAACAGCGACCGCGCAGCGCCCCAAUGGCCAGACUCAGGGCAAAAUCUGUCAAUUCAAACUCGUGUUGCUCGGCGAGUCGGCAGUCGGCAAGUCCAGUUUGGUGCUGCGUUUCGUCAAGGGACAGUUUCAUGAAUUCCAGGAGAGCACCAUCGGCGCAGCGUUUUUAACCCAAACUGUGUGCUUGGAUGAUACCACAGUCAAGUUUGAAAUUUGGGAUACAGCUGGGCAGGAAAGAUAUCACAGUUUAGCACCUAUGUACUAUCGAGGUGCACAAGCCGCUAUUGUGGUAUACGAUAUAACGAAUCAAGAUUCGUUCGGACGCGCGAAGACGUGGGUGAAGGAAUUACAGCGACACGCUAGUCCAAACAUCGUGAUCGCGCUCGCUGGCAACAAGCAGGACUUGGCCACAAAGCGUAUGGUGGAGUUCGAAGAGGCGCAGAACUAUGCCGACGAGAACACGUUACUCUUCAUGGAAACAUCGGCGAAAACUGCGAUGAAUGUCAACGAUAUUUUCCUGGCUAUUGCGAAUAAGCUGCCACGAAACGAACAACAGACUGGCCCGAGCGGCAGCGGCCAGGGCAGGAGACUGACCGAAGGGGACGCCGGAACGAAAGCGCCGGGCAACUGCUGCAAGUGAUCUAAUAAAAUCAACUUCUUUAUAAACCACACAAACACAUACACACACACAUACUCGUAUGUUAUUGGGGUGCUGGAAGAAAAAAAAGCAAAACAUUUAUCAGAAAAUUUGUUAAUGACACAAAGUACGAGAUUAUUAUGCAUAAACAGUUAAGUAUACAUACAAUGUACAUGUAGGAUGUUCCAAGGUGUCUUGCAACAUUCAGAAGAAGAAAAAAAAAUGAGAUAAAAACACACAUAGCAAAUAACUUUAAUUAUUGCGACUUGCAAAACUGAUCGUGUUUUAUAAAAUUAAAACAUUUCAUAUUAAGACAGGCGUUAGACCCAACACCCUGUAUAUUUUAAUUAAUUUAUAAACUUUAAAAUGAAAGGCAUCUCACGACCCGGUACUUCAAUCAACUACGAAAAUGCAUAUAUGAAUUAUUUUUUUGCUCGAUUGGGUUCCAUAUCUUUUCGUUAAUCUAUGAUGAGUUGAGAUGAUGAUAAAUUUGAUUAUAGAAAUGCAUUUUUACUAUAUUAUUAAAAUUAUUCUUAUAAAUAUACGUAUUAUGUAAUGUAGAUAUUAUAGUUAAUAUAGAUGAAUUAACACACCGCCUCACGAUGAUACAAUGAUUACUUCUAAGCCGGAAUUGACAGAUAAUGAGAGCGUUUUUAGUUGUUAUAUUUUUUCUCUUUGGUUUUUGGUCAUCGAUUGGUUUUAUCAGCGUGCCCACACCGUUACGACAUUCGAUUCGAAAAGUUACGAUAUACUAUAAAGAAAUUUAUUAAUUAUUAUUAUUAUUAUUGUGUAAAUGUUAUGUAAUUAUUAUUUAAACAUAUGUAUCAGCAAAUUAUUAAUAUAUAUUAUGAUUAUUGCGA